AUUAAGCUUUAAAUAGUAGCAUACUACAACAUGCUCAGUUAGCGUAGGCCGCUCCAAGCCUUGCGCACCGAAAGAGUUCUGAGCCAUGGCCGCUCUGCGGCAGGUCCUGCUGGGACUAGUGUGCGCCCUCGUGGCUAUGGGCAUGGUAUCAGGACAGGACACCACGUCCAGCUCGACCAGCGACAACAAGCUGCUCUGUAUGGCCGAAAUGGUGUCCAACAUUGAGACCAGCUGCUCAAAGCCGGACAUCCAGGGCUACUACGUGGCCCUGGAGAGCCUGCUUAAGGACUACCUGCGGAAAUGCUUUCACACCAAUUUUAGCUCCAGCCGGGCUCUGCACACGAUGCUCCCCGACCUGGGCGACUCGGUAACAGACUACUUUAAAAACGUGUCAGAGACGUUCAAAGAUAGCGAGUCCGUGGAGGUUGUGCCGACCUUUGUGCCGGCUGCUCAAAUUAACAGCGAAAUUGAGUUCGAGCUGGAGCAUAACCUGACCAACAGUCACGACGGCUGGGUGCUGGACCCCAUGGGCAUGGGCUCCAUUUUCAACUUUGACGGCUUCCAGGACCUGACCGCCACUGUGAAGCCGGCCGUCAUCGCCAGCAACGCCAGUGACAUCAUCAAGUGGGACGACGUGCACCCCUACUUCCAGAACACGUCCACCUUCUACGACAGCGCCCAGCGCAAGUUCCUGGUGGUGACCCUGCCGCUUGACGGAAACAUCAAGCUGCUCUACUACCGGCGUGACAUCUUCGAAGCGAAUAAUUUGACGGUGCCGCGCACAUGGGAGGAGGUGGUGGCGGUGGCCACCUCGCUGUCCAGGCUGGGUGUGCUGGGGCCGGACGGCCGGCCCGCCAGCCCCUUCUGCUUCGACCGCCGCAAGGACUGCCAUCAGUCGUACUUCGACCUCAUCGCCAUCCUGGCGCCGUACAUGCAGUACAACGGCAGCAGCCAGGGCGUCAUCUUUGAGCCCUCCACCAUCCGCGCCUUCGACCGCAACCCGGCGCUGGUGGACAACGCAGCCAUGGCCAAGGCGCUCACGCUGUACUCGGCGCUCAUCGGCCUGUCACCCAUGGACUACAAGGUGGAGGACAAGUGCGACGUGGUGGGCGCGGCGCCGGCGGACGCGGGCCGAGCCAUGGCGCAGCGCUUCGCCAACGGCACCUGCCUCAUGGGCGUGGGGCUGGGAGACUUCUUCAAGGCGUUCAAGACGUCGCCCUUCCGCGGCAAGCUGGGCGUGGCGCUCAUGCCCGGCUCCUUCGAGGUCCUCAACCGCACCUCCAACCAGCUGGUGCCCUGUGCCGCCGACACCUGCCCCUUCGGCACCGUGGUACCCGCCCAGCCCGGGCCGUCGGCCUCGGACGGCGGCCCUAGCAUUACGCGUGUGCUCAACCGCGCGCCCUUCGCGGCCGGCGGCGGUUGGGUAGCGGCGGUGAACGCGCGCACGCCCAACGACUACCGCAACUACUCCAUCGGCUUCUUCUCGCACCUGGCCAGCCCCGCCGAGUCGUGGCAGCGCGUGCUGCUGCCCGAGAGCUCCUUCGACCCGUACCGCCUGGAGCACUUCUCCAACCUGGCCCGCUGGAACGAGUCGGGCUACGAGCCGGCCGACACCGCCGCCUAUCUGGCCCAUGCCAACGAGUCCUUCAGCCACCCCAACAUCGUGCUGGACCUGCGCACGCCCGGCACCAAGCUGUUCAGGGACAUCUAUGAGAGCGGCCUGGCCAACCUGACCACCGGCAGCAGCGUGGACAGCGUGGUGGCGCUCAUGAACCAGACCUUCUACAAGCUGCUGCUGGACCCGCAGCAGAAGCAGUUCCGCUCGCUGCUGGCCGACACCUACCUCGCCACCAUCAACUACAAUAACAUCCAGAACCUGAACGGCACCGCCGGCGGCGACGGCGGCGGCGGCGGCGGCUCGCCGUCGUGGCUGCCCAUCGCCAUUGUGCUGCCCACCGUGGGCGCGUUGCUGCUCAUUGCGGCUGGUGUUGUGUAUGAGGUGCGCAACAACCGCAAGCACAAGAACCUGUUCGGCAAGGUGGUGCCGCCCGGCGUGGGCCCCGACACCACCAUCCUGGUCACCGAGAUCCAGGACUACAACCAGAUUGUGGACGCGCUCUCCAGCGAGGCAGUGGACCGGCUGCUCAAGGACCACAACGACUGCCUGCGCCGCCUGCUGCUGCGCCACAGCGGCUAUGAGGGCAGCUGCGAGGCCGACAGCUUCGUGCUGGCCUUCCACAGCCCCAAGGACGCGCUGCUGUUUGCGAUGGAGGCGCAGGCCGCGCUGCUCAACGUGAGCUGGCCCGACGAGCUGCUGUCGCUGGGCUGCUGCUCGCAGCUCUGGGUGCAGGGCAUCAUGCCCACCGCCAAGCCCAAGGCGCUCGACGACAUCCUGGACGUCUCGGACGAGCCCAUCACGCCCGCCGGCGCCUCCAAGAUCAAGGCGCUCACGCCCGGCCUGGGCUCCCACCUCGAUGGCCACGGCCACGGCCACUUCGGCUCCAGCGGCGCCACCCUCCCCUCCCUGGUCAACGUGCCCGCCACCGAGACCUACACCUUCUCCAACGCCUGCCGCCGCGCCUGGAAGGAGGCCUCCAAGGAGGACUCCAACAAGGUCCGCAUCUUCUGCGGCCCGCGCGUGCGCAUGGGGCUCCACGCCGGCGUGCACUCGGAGCACGACAUCUCGCACUCCAAGGCCGACGGCGGCAGGACCACCUACAGCGGCGACACGGUGGUGCUGGCGCGCGCGGUGGCGCAGGCGGCGCACGGCGGCACCGUGCUGCUGAGCGAGGAGACCUACAAGAAGCUGCCACUGGAGCGGCUGUGGGACAAGUACCUGGUGCUGCACAUGGGCGAGCACCGGCUGCGCGACACGCUGCCCAACCUGAACCUCUACCACGCGCUGAACCGCACGCUGGAGGGCCGCCUGGCGUACGUGGGGCCCAUGACCUCGCUGCUGCAGGUUGACCCCGGCGUGCUGGACGCGCCCGUGGGCUGCGUGACGGUGGCGUUCAUGAACGUGGUGGGCGCGCAGACGCUGCUGAGCUGGAACGCCGACGUGGCGCAGCAGGCCAUCAAGAUCUUCCACACUGUGGUGGGCGACGAGCUCAAGCGCCGCAAGGGCUACCUGGUGGAGGCGGUGGACGGCCUGUUCCUGGCGGCCUUCCAGCGGCCCAGCGACGCCAUCCUGUGGGCGCUGGAGUGCAACGAGGCCAUGAUCAAGCAGGACUGGCCCGAGGACCUGUUGGCGCACGAGCUGUGUGAGGAGCUGGUCAUCUCGGCGCCCACCAAGGAGGGAGAGGUGAUCAACACGGUGGUGUUCCGCGGCCUGCGCCUGAAGACGGGCGUGGACACGGGCCAGGUGCUGGGCGAGGUGCACGCCAUGACCGGCCGCAUGACCUACCGCGGCAAGGUCAUGAACCGCGCCGCGCGCAUCGCCUCCACCGCCUCCACCGGCCAGGUGCUGUGCAGCAGCGACAGCUGGCAGCUGGCCAUGAGCGCCGACUCGCAGGUGAUGCUGGCCAACAAGGUGUCGGGCACCAGCCUGGGCCAGUUCCGGCUCAAGGGCGUGGCCGAGAAGAUCGAGAUCCACCACUGCCGCAAGGUCUCCAACGUGGCGCCCGCGCGCCGCGCCUCCUCGCUCGUCAUGUCCAUGGCCGACCACUGGAAGUGGGAGCAGCACCUGUCGGGCCACGGCGGCGGCGGCAUGGGCAUGGGCGGCAUGGGGAUGGGCAUGGGCAUGGGGCUCAACGGCAACGGCAACGGCGGGCUGGUGGGCAACGGCGACAUGGGCGGCAUGGGCGUGGUGGGGCCCGAGGAUGUGCUGCUGGGCGGCGACUCGCUGCGUGGCGCCAUGCUGUCACCCAGGUCCUUCACGCGCGGCACGGGCAGCUGCCGCCAGCGCCAGGGCUCGGAUCCGCACCUGGACGCCGCCAAUGCCGCGCACCUGGGCAUUGAGCUGGCCGCUGACGAUAACUGAGCCCACCGGAGAUGAGGGCUUGUGGGCACGUGAUCAGGAAGGAUGGGCCAUCACCUGAUCAAACACGCGUGGGCAUGGACUUCGCAUGUGAAGGACACGCGUCGAUGGGCUUGAGGACAGCCUUCGCCGUCAACCUAUGUUGAUCUUGGCCAUGGCUUGGCAUAAACGCGUUUGCUUUGUGACACAACCGGGGUGUGUCAGAAUGCGGCCACAGUGAGCACGAUGCAUGGUGCGCGCGGUGGACGUGUGUCCGCGUGUUGUGCGUCUUCUGUGAUCGUAAAUGUAUCGUUGCUGAUCCUCGUGGUGCAUCACCGUAUUUAUGUAUAUGGAUUUAUCCCACUGUCCAAGAGUGCGUUACUGCACAGCCUGCUUUGGAUGGAGAGGGUCAUAGGGGGCACGUUGAGCGCCUGUAUCGGCACGCUUUGUCGGCGUAUCUGGGCGCCCAUGGCCGCUGCUAGGGUCCUGUAGACGUGCCUGUAGAGUAUUUAUCUGCGCUGUGUAACGGUCAACAGGCGAUGGCUUGGGCCCAUAUGGUACCAAAUGGUUUAGGCACGGUGAAGUGGCGCCUGGCGAAGCAGCCAAGUCGGGUGGCUGGUGGUGGGUGCAGAGUGUCACGAUUGCGCGCAACACCCAUUGCUUCGA